AUGAAGUUCCAGUCUUUGUGUUCACUUGCUCUUCGCUCAAGUCCACUCCGCAUCCUCCGGCCUCAACUUGGAUUCCGCUCCAUUUCAAGAACCACAGGCCAAAUGACUUCUCAAAGAGAGGAUUCAAUUCCUCAUGAGCUGCGCACAGCUGCAGAGCCCCGGCAAAAUAGACUACAUCCAGUGCGACUAUCGCACAUCGAGCAGAUCAACCCUUCUGUUCGGCUACUACAGUUCGCUCUGCCUCAAGAGAAUAACGAUACCUAUCAACAACCAUUCAGCUUCCUCCCGGGCCAAUGGCUUGAUGUCCAUAUCCCCUCAAUCACCCAAGCGGGCGGCUUCACUAUCACUUCUACCCCAGCAGAUGCACAAGUGCUGCCGUUACCAGAGUCUUCUAUGGACUCAUUGGCUGGCGAGGCGCUAGAACCAUCUUCAGAAUCUCAAGGGCGACCACCAUAUGUGGAACUGGCCGUACAAAAGUCGCCAGGUAACCCAUCCGCUGCAUGGCUAUGGAGACCAAAAGAAGAGAUCCUAGGCAAGGAGCUGAACAUCCGAGUUGGUGGAAGCUUUGUCUGGCCUCCCACUGGAGUCAGUAUUAAUGAUGUUAGGAAUGUGGUCUUCGUUGCGGGUGGUGUUGGCAUCAACCCUCUGGUAUCUAUGCUCUCCCACCUUAACAACAACGAACCGCACACCCCCAACCCAACAACCAUCCACAUCUUAUACUCCAGCCGCCUACCGCAAGACCAGGAGAAAGCCUCGGCAGACGCAGUACUAGACCAGAUCCUAUUUCUCUCACGUCUGCGCCAACUAGUCCGAUCUCAAGAGAGUUCCCAUCGGCUCCAGAUCUCGUUGGACCUUUUCCUCACGGACUUGGCCUCAUCGCCUAAUCUGUUCUCAUCUGGGUCUCCUUCUGAUCUUAAAAUUCAUCCAGUGAGGAUAUCUGAUCGUGAUCUGCGCUCUGCGGCUGUAGGUACAAAUGGUGAGUUGGAUACUCGGGGUACAGUAUGCUAUGUUUGUGGACCACCCGGUAUGACUGAUGCCAUUGUGGAGAAGUUGGUUGGUAUGCUAGGGGACGGCGGGGAGCAGCGAGUUUUCUUUGAAAAAUGGUGGUGA